UGUUUUAGCUGGCUGUGUGCAGGCGGGAGGGAGGGGGCGGGCGGAGCGGCCGGUGGCCGGGUUCGCUCCCGGAGCGUGGCGCACGGUGUGCGGGGGCGGUGGAGCACGCAAGCGGCUUCGAGGUGUAGCCUCAGCGGGCACGGAUGCCCGGGGUGCACCCUUCCACCGGCUGUUGGCCAGGGACAGCAGGAUCCUGGUGAGGAUGCACCGUUCCCCAGUCUUGGACAGUCUUCAGUAUGGUCACUGGUCCAUUUGACUCACAGCUACCUCGAACGAUCUGCUGGAAAAUUGAUGCUCUAGAUGAACUCCUGUCAUGGACUGGAGGCCCCUUCUUGAAGAAUGGCGACUAACAAUGCUGGCACCUCCAUGUCCAAAUUGAACCCGCAGGAGGGCGCGCGGAACAAGUGUUAAAACUACAACUCCCAGCUUCCCGCGCGCCGCCGGCUCACUUCCGCAGUCAGCAAACAAGAUGGCGGCGUCCGAAGAGCACGAUUCUCCGGCCGAAGGCCUCGAGUCAGCGGCGGUGGAAGAGGAGGAACCUAAAACAUUUAAAGAUCUGGGCGUGACCGAUGUCUUGUGUGAAGCCUGUGACCAAUUGGGCUGGACGAAGCCCACCAAAAUCCAGGUGGAAGCGAUUCCCUUGGCUUUACAAGGUCGUGAUAUCAUUGGGCUGGCGGAAACCGGCUCUGGGAAAACAGGGGCCUUCGCUCUGCCCAUUCUGAAUGCGCUGCUGGAGACGCCACAGCGAUUGUUCGCCCUGGUCCUCACCCCAACCCGCGAGCUGGCCUUUCAGAUCUCCGAGCAGUUUGAAGCCCUGGGGUCCUCUAUCGGGGUGCACUGUGCUGUGAUUGUAGGUGGAAUUGAUUCGAUGUCCCAGUCCCUGGCCCUGGCGAAAAAACCGCAUAUAGUGAUAGCAACUCCUGGAAGAUUAAUUGACCACUUGGAAAAUACAAAAGGCUUCAAUCUGAGAGCUCUCAAAUACUUGGUCAUGGAUGAAGCAGAUCGAAUAUUGAACAUGGAUUUUGAGACAGAGGUGGACAAGAUCCUCAAAGUGAUCCCCCGGGACCGGAAGACGUUCCUCUUCUCUGCCACCAUGACCAAGAAGGUGCAAAAGCUUCAGCGGGCAGCUCUGAAGAAUCCUGUGAAGUGCGCUGUUUCCUCCAAAUACCAAACGGUGGAGAAACUGCAACAGUAUUACCUUUUCAUUCCCUCUAAGUUCAAGGAUACCUACCUGGUUUAUAUUCUAAAUGAAUUGGCUGGAAACUCCUUUAUGAUAUUCUGCAGCACCUGUAACAACACCCAGAGAACAGCUCUGUUACUCCGAAAUCUUGGAUUCACUGCCAUCCCGCUCCACGGACAGAUGAGUCAGAGCAAGCGUCUAGGAUCCCUUAAUAAGUUUAAGGCGAAGGCUCGUUCCAUUCUUCUAGCCACUGACGUUGCAAGCCGGGGUUUGGACAUACCUCAUGUGGAUGUGGUUGUCAACUUUGACAUUCCUACUCAUUCCAAGGAUUACAUCCACCGAGUAGGCCGAACAGCUAGAGCUGGGCGUUCUGGAAAGGCUAUCACCUUUGUCACUCAGUAUGAUGUGGAGCUGUUCCAGCGCAUAGAGCACCUGAUUGGGAAGAAGCUGCCUGCCUUCCCCACACAGGAUGACGAGGUGAUGAUGCUUACGGAGCGGGUGACCGAAGCACAGAGAUUUGCCCGAAUGGAGUUAAGGGAGCACGGAGAGAAGAAGAAGCGAGCGCGAGAGGAUGCUGGGGACAACGACGAUACCGAGGGAGCGAUGGGCGUGAGGAACAAGGUGGCCGGGGGCAAAAUGAAGAAGCGGAAAGGCCGUUAAUGACUUGUGUGGAGACUGAAGGGGACCCCUGGAGAGUGGGAUCUGCCAAGUGGGGCUCCUAGGACUGGCCUCGGUCGCGGGUGGGUCCUGAAGCCACCCAGCCCCCUCUUAGGGGUGUGGCUGCUGGGGAGUGUUGGUGCUGCUGCCGCUGUCAGCGUGGCUGCCCUGCUGCUGGCAUCAGUGGGCUGUGUACCCCAUGACUUCACACAGACCUGCUGCCUGUCCAGGGCCCAGUGGACCCCGUGAUCUGUAAAGUACAAAAGAAAGAAGUUUCUAUAUUUGUAAGUGAUACCUAAACUCUUAGCUUGUGUCAUCCC